UUCUUUACGGCAUAUACAUUUUUGGGAGUGGUGGACGUAGGAGAAGUAGGAGGAGUAGAAGUUGCCAGCAUGGCGUUUACACUCUACUCUCUCAUCCAGACCGCUAUUUUGUGCACUAAUGCAGUUGCUGUGUUGCACGAAGAAAGGUUUCUCAGCAAGUUCGGCUGGGGUGUUGACCAGGGAGUUGGAGGUUUUGGGGAUGAUCCAGGAGUAAAAGCUCAGAUUCUAACUCUCAUCCGCUCCGUUCGCACUGUCAUGAGAGUGCCUUUGAUAAUAGUAAAUACGGUCUGCAUUGUCCUCUUGUUACUAUUUGGUUGACUGCGGUACACUGAGCACCAGAGUGAAGCCAGAGGACCAGACGUGCCAAGGAACAACCACAUAUUCAAACACAAACCGAGAAAUGUCCAACAUUUAGAAAACUUCUUCCUUUGCCAGUCAUCAGCAAGAUGAACAAUGGCAUGGAAUUAGAAAAACUAAAACAUUUUACACUAAAGGACAAGAUGAAACAACCAAACGCAAGUCACAAGAGGGCUAGUUUGGCCUUAAAACCAGGACUAACUCUGACCUUACCCGCUGGUCUGUGGGACACAAAAAGGACGCAAUUGAGUCAAUUUUAUCGCCACACUUGAUGAUGCGUCCUUUAACAUCCAGGGUUUCGUGUUUCACAGAUUGCGUCUGUCCACAUUUCAACACUCCCAGAUACAAUGGUUUAAUGAUAUGUGUUGUAUGUUUUAGUAUCUUGUUACAAAGAAUAUGUGAAACGUGUUUACAGCAGUAAGGCUCGACAAUAUGUAAAAAGUUAGGAGGCAGUUUAUCUCUUUUUGUAAUUUAUCCGUCUGCAAAAUGUGGUUAAAUGUUUGUAAUCCAGAGUCUGAGCAACACUGCCAAACGCAGCUCAAAACAAACCACAUUUGUAUUGUUUACACAUCAUUUUCCUCUCAUUGCACACACUUUGUAAUAGUAAUCAGAUGGUUUUUUUGUCUUGAAAUAAAUGCAUUAUGCAAUUCUUUAAA